AUGGUCGUCGUAGUCCCCACCGCCUCUCUAGAGGGCAAGGUCGCCCUCAUCACCGGCGCCGGUCGAGGCAUCGGUCGCGGCUGUGCCAUCGAGCUCGGCAAACGCGGCGCCUCCGUAGUCGUCAACUACGUCUCCUCCAAGGGCCCCGCGGAGGAGGUCUGCAAAAUCAUCGAGGAUUUCGGCAACGGCGCAAAAGCAAUCAGUAUCCAAGCCGACGUAUCCAAAGUAUCCGAGAUCAACCGGCUAUUCGAGGAAGCCAAGAAGGCGUUCGGGAAAGUCGACAUCGUGAUGAGCAACUCCGGGACCGAGAGCUGGGACCCGACGCUCGAGGUGACGGAGGAGAAGUACGACCACGUCUUCAAUCUGAACGCGCGGGCUCAGUUCUUCGUCGGGCAGGCUGCAUUCCGCCACCUUGAGGAUAAUGGUCGUCUUAUCCUUAUGUCGUCCAUUGCGGCUGGUCUGCUGGGCGUCAAGAAUCACGCGCUGUACAAUGCUAGCAAGAUGGCUGUUAUCGGCAUGAUCAAGGCGUUUGCGACGGAUUUUGGCGUCAGGGGUAUCACUGUCAACGGCGUCGCGCCUGGCGGUAUCAAGUCGGAUAUGUUCACCCAGAACGCGUGGCACUAUAUCCCGGGUGGCAGCCCAGACUGGCCGGCGGAGAAGAUCGAGACGCUCAUGGCGCAGCAUUGCCCAUUGGGCCGGUGUGCCGUGCCCGAGGAUGUUGCGAGGGUGGUUGCGUUCUUGGCGAGUGAGGAUGGCAGCUGGGUCAAUGGCCAAGUUAUCACCAUCUCCGGCGGUUCGUCCCAGUAA